AUGCCCGAUGUGUCUGUUGGAGUGGAAGACACAGAACUGCAUGCGCCUAAUGAGGUAUCUGAUAUUGAUGCGGUUCCAGGGAAUGGAAUCAGAAGUCGUGGAGCUGCGACAUUCCACAUGAUCAGCAAACCACCUGAAACACUGAACUUAACGCUCUCCCCGCCCAUCACAAAACAGACAUGGCUGGAGACUGCAAAGAUUGUGAAUGCCUCGACUGAACACAUGCAUACCUGGAUUCAGCACCGCAAGAGCUCUCAUGACCUUCUGCAGUCUGGCAAGAUAGCUAUUGUGGAGUAUCUGGUUGCCAUAGUGGAGAAAGUUGGCUUUACUGGUUUCACCAGGCUUGAUUGUACAACAGACCGGUUUCGCUGUCAAAAUGGUCAGUGUGUUCCUGCAGACUGGCGGUGUGAUGGUGUUGUUGACUGCAAUGAUGAUUCUGAUGAAUUGGAGUGCCCCCCAUCUACCUGUACAGCAGCACAGUUCCGGUGUGAGGGAGAUGGGGAAUGUAUUUCUCAAAGUUGGGUCUGUGAUGAUGAAGAAGAUUGUGACGAUGGAUCUGAUGAGCGUCAGCACUGUUCUGCAAAGACAUGCUCUAGUCAGCAGUAUACUUGCACCAAUGGAGAAUGUAUCCCAAGUGAGUACAGGUGUGACCAUGUCGAUGACUGCACUGACAAAAUCGAUGAAAGAGAUUGUCAUUACCCUAUUUGCACUCAAAUGGAGUGUUCAAACGGAGCCUGUUACAACUCUAGCCAGCAUUGUGAUGCAGUACUGAACUGCAGGGAUAGAACGGAUGAAAGCAAUUGCACUCAGAGAUGUAACAGCGGUCAGUUUCAAUGUGCCAAUGCAGAAUGUGUCCCAGAGAUAUUUGUAUGUGACCACGAUGAUGACUGUGGAGAUGGAAGUGAUGAGCAAAAAUGUGUUUAUCCAGCCUGUACAGGAAGUUAUUUUACCUGCCCCAGCGGCCAUUGCAUUCAUCAGAAUUGGCUUUGUGAUGGAGAUGAUGACUGUGGAGAUAAUGCUGAUGAAAGAGGAUGUGAAAGGAGGGAACAGGAAGACUGCUCAUCAGGAGAAUGGACUUGUCCGAGUUCCCGACGCUGUAUCCCUGUCGACAAACUAUGCAAUCAGGUCCAGGAUUGUUCCUUUGGUGAAGAUGAAACAAACACCACAUCAGGCAGCAACUGCAGUGUAAUCAACUGUGCCUCUUUAAGCUGUGAAUAUCGCUGCCACGCUUCCCCAUCAGGUGGAGUCUGCUAUUGCCCACCAGGAUUUGUAGUGCACACUGAUAGUCGUUCCUGUACUGACUUUAAUGAAUGUAAUAUGUGGGGAACUUGUGAUCAGCUGUGUGAAGACCGAACUGGAAGUCAUGCAUGUUCCUGUGUACAGGGUUAUGUCCUACAGCACCACAAGCACUGUCGUGCAAAUGCCUCAUCUGGAAUUCCAUCCAUUAUCUUCUCAAAUGGUCGUGAUUUGCUGAUUGGUGAUAUUCAUAGAAGGAAUGUACGGAUUCUUGUGCAGUCUCCUAAUCGUGGCAAUGCUGUUGGUGUGGAUUUCCACUACUAUCUUGGCAUGAUCUUUUGGACAGAUACCAUUCAGAAUAAGCUGUUCUCUGUAGAUCACAGUGGUUCCAGAAUCCAACAAAUUUUAAAUGUUUCCAUUGACACUCCUGAAAAUGUAGCUGUGGACUGGGUGAACAAUAAGUUGUAUGUGGUGGAGACCGGUAUUAAUCGAAUUGAAGUAGUUGAUCUGAAUGGAAGUAAUCGUAUAACACUAAUUGCAGAAAACCUGGGAAGCCCCCGAGGCAUUGCAGUUGACCCCACUGUAGGCUAUUUAUUCUUCUCUGACUGGAAUGAUGGUUCAGGAGAACCUAAACUAGAGCGUGCCUUUAUGGAUGGAUCCCAUCGCUUUGAACUAGUCAAGACAAAGCUAGGAUGGCCUGCUGGAAUAACACUGGACAUUGUUACAAAAAGAGUUUUUUGGGUCGACAGCCGUUAUGACUACAUUGAAACUGUAACAUAUGAUGGACUUGAAAGAAAAACUGUUGUUAGCGGAGGUGCUGCUGUUCCCCAUCCUUAUGGAAUAACUAAUUUUGAGGAUAAAUUAUUCUACACUGACUGGACCAAGAUGGCGGUUAUGAGAUCCAAUAAAUUUAAAGAAAGCAACCCACAAAUUGUCUAUCAGUCUUCACUGAAACCAUUUGGACUGACAGUUUAUCAUGCAUUCAAACAGCCAUUAGUGAGGAAUCCAUGUGGCAGAAAUAAUGGUGCAUGUGAGCAUAUCUGCAUUCUCAGCCAUGCAACAGACAAUGAUGGCCUGGGCUUCAGAUGUAGGUGCAGACUGGGUUUUGAUCUUCAACGUGAUGGAAGACAUUGCUAUGCCGUGACCCAGUUCCUACUAUUUUCAUCCCAGCUGGCUGUGCGUGGAAUCCCUUUCAAUAUCUCCAGCCAGAAAGACAUCAUCCUGCCUGUGACUGCAAGCCCCUCUUACUUUGUAGGACUUGAUUUUGAUGCAGCACGGCAGACAAUCUUUUUCUCUGAUACAAGGACAGACCUGAUUUAUCAACAGAAAAUUGAUGGAACAGACCAGGAAAUCCUAGUUGCCAAUAGAGUGGAUGGAGUAGAAGAUCUGGCUUUUGAUUGGAUUUCAAGGAACCUUUACUGGACUGAUGCACGUUACAGCAGCAUUUCUGUUCUGCGGUUAGCCGAUAAAUCCAGGAGAACAAUUGUUGAGAACUUGAACAAUCCUAGAUCUAUUGUUGUGCAUCCAGUGAUGGGACAAAUCUUCUGGACAGACUGGGCCAGGCCUGCAAAGAUCAUGAGAGCCUGGGGUGAUGGGUCAAAUGCAAUGGCAAUAAUCAAUACAACACUUGGUUGGCCGAAUGGCCUAGCCAUUGACUGGAGUUCUCUUCGUCUGUAUUGGGUGGAUGCCUUUUUUGAUAAAAUUGAGCACUGCUCCUUCAGUGGUUUCGACAGACAGACACUCAGUCAAAUUAGCCAAAUGUCACACCCUUUUGGUCUUACAGUGUUUGGUGAUUAUGCAUACUUUACGGAUUGGAGGCUGAAUGGAAUUGUCCGUGUGCGGAAAAUAGAUGGUGGUGGGAUGUCUAUUAUCAGAAGAGGCAUCGACAACAUUAUGCAUGUAAAAUCAUUUGAUGCUUCUGUCCAGACUGGAUCCAACAACUGUAACAAACCAACAAACCCCAAUGGAGACUGUAGUCAUUUUUGCUUCCCGAUACCCAAUUUUCAGAGAGUAUGUGGUUGCCCCAACGGAAUGAAACUUGAUUCCAACAACAUUAACUGCAUUGAAGAUCCAUCAAGUGAACCAACCAUACAACAAUGCGCCUUCUUUUCUUUCACUUGUGCUAAUGGAAGAUGUGUGCCAAAUUACAGUCACUGUGAUGGAGUUAAUGACUGUCAUGAUAAUAGUGAUGAAGCAAACUGUGGAACUUUAAAUACCACAUGUUCUCCAUUUGCCUUUAUGUGCACAAAUGACCAAUGCAUUCCAAAUUACUGGAGAUGUGAUGGACAAGAUGACUGCUCAGAUGGGAGUGAUGAAAUAGGAUGCCCAACUAACGUCCCCAGAACCUGUGCUGCAAAUGCUUUUACCUGCAGAAAUUUCAGGUGCAUCCCUAAGACCUGGGUAUGUGACACAGAAAAUGAUUGUGGAGAUGGCUCAGAUGAACUUAACUGUGAUUUCACAAGUACCUGCCAGCCUGAGCAAUUUUUAUGUCCAGAACAUCGGUGUAUUGACGCAGCUUACGUAUGUGAUGGUGAUGAAGACUGCCUAGAUGGAUUGGAUGAACAGGACUGUGUGAUUAACUGCACUUCCUAUGGAUUUAAAUGUGCCAGUGGAAUACAGUGCAUCAGCAAUAUCUACCAUUGUGAUGGAGUUUUUGAUUGCAGGGAUCAAUCUGAUGAGACAGGAUGCCCCACUCGACCACCAGGCAUGUGCCACCAAAAUGAAUUCCAGUGUCAAGAUGAUGGUACCUGUAUACCUUCAAAUUGGGAAUGUGAUGGUCAUUCAGACUGCACUGAUGGAUCAGAUGAACAUCUUAGCUGCCCACCAAAGAACUGCUCUGCCAGCUAUUUCCGGUGUGAUAAUGGAAACUGUGUCUUCAGACGCUGGCUGUGUGAUGGCGAUAAUGACUGUAGAGACAUGAGUGAUGAAAGAGACUGCCCAACACAGCCAUUUCAAUGUCCCAGUAACCAAUGGCAGUGCCCAGGUCUUAGCAUCUGUCUGAGUUUGGAUAAGGUUUGUGACCAUUCUCCAGACUGCCCAAAUGGCGCAGAUGAAUCGCCACUCUGCAGCUCGCUGCUACCAGACGCAGAGAGCUGCAAUGAAAAUAAUGCAGGUUGCACACACAAAUGUAUCGAGGGGCCCUUUGGUGCCCAGUGCACUUGCCCAAGUGGCUAUCAGCUUACAAAUGAUUCCAAGACCUGUGAAGAUAUUGAUGAAUGUAAUCCACCAGGCAUUUGUAGCCAAAUAUGUUACAAUGAAAGAGGAACUUUCAGGUGCACAUGUGAUGAAGGUUAUGCUUUAGAAGCUGAUGGGAGGACCUGUAAAGCUUCAGAUUCAACUAAUGUUUUAAUAAUGGUGGCAAGCCGAGGUGAGCUAGUUUCCGACAACAUUAGUGCUCAUCCACACGUCAUUCAGAGUGUGAUCCGAGAUGGGCUAAAUAUUGUUGCAAUUGACUUUGAUUCUAAAUCUGGUCGGAUUUAUUGGUCGGAUGUAACUCAGGACAAAGUUUGGAGCGCUUUUCAAAAUGGAACAGACCGAAAAAUUAUAUUUGAUAGCGGAGUGACUGUCACAGAAAGCAUUGCUGUGGAUUGGGUAGGCCGCAAUCUGUACUGGGCAGACCACAUUCUUCAAACAAUUGAGGUUUCAAAGUUGGAUGGCAGCCACAGAGCUGUACUACUCAGUGAUAAUAUAACGAAUCCCAGAGGAUUGGUGUUGGAUCCUAGAGAUGACAAUCAUCUAAUGUUCUGGACAGACUGGGGCAGGAACCCACGAAUUGAAAAGGCCAGUAUGGAUGGUACGUUGCGAACUGCCCUAAUAAGUAACAAAAUCUUCUGGCCCAAUGGUUUAAGUAUUGAUUAUCCAACUAAACUACUUUACUUUGCUGAUGCGUAUUUGGAUUAUAUUGAAUACUGUGAUUACGAUGGAAACAAUAGGAGACAAGUUUUAGCGAGUGACUUGGUCCUGCAACAUCCACAUGCCAUAACAAUUUUUGAGGAUUUUGUGUAUUGGACUGAACGGCAAUCUAAUCGCGUUAUUAGAGUAAAUAAGUGGCAUGGAAAGAAUCAGACUGUGAUGAUCAGUAGUAUAACUCAGCCACGAGGAAUUGUUGCUGUUCAUUCUGUGAGGCAACCACCUGCUUGGAAUCCAUGUUUGUCCAACCCCUGCAGCCAUUUAUGUCUACUUUCUGCAUCGGCUCCUAGAUUCUAUUCAUGUGUCUGCCCCUCAGGCUGGAGCCUGAUGGUGGAUUGGAAACAUUGUGCAAAAGUUGAACAGCCAUUCCUAAUUGUAGUAAGAGGCAGCAUCAUCUUUGGCAUUCCUCUGGACCCUGAUGACAAAACGAGCGAUGCCAUGGUUCCUGUAGCUGGAGUCCAGAAUGGCUACGAUGUUGACUUUGAUGAAGAAGAUGUACUAUAUUGGGUAGAACAUCCAGGAGAAAUUCACCGUGUGAGGUCAGAUGGAACUAAUAGGACCAUGUUUGCUCCGGCUUCAACCAUUGGCUCCCCCAUGGGCUUGGCCUUUGAUUGGAUCUCUAUGAACCUUUACUAUACCAACUUUGAAAAUCAGUCCAUUGAGGUCAUAAAAGUGCAUGGUGAUGUCAAGUACAGAAAAACAAUAUUAACAAACAGUGGACAAAGGACUGGUGUUGGGAGACCCAUGGGCAUUGCGGUAGAUCCAGCAAGGGGGAAGUUGUACUGGACUGACCAAGGUACAGGAAGUGGGAUCCCAGCAAAGAUUGCCAGUGCUUAUAUGGAUGGUUCUAACCCCCGAGUUCUUUUCACUAAUGACCUGGAUCAUGUAGAGUUUAUUACUAUUGACAUCAAGGCACGUAGGCUGUACUGGGCUGUCUCUAGUACUGGUGUGAUUGAACGAGGAGAUCUAAAUGGUUUACACCGAAUGACUGUGGUCAGCCACCUUUCUCAUCCUCGGGGGUUAGCCAUAUACGAUAGCUUCCUCUACUACACAGAUUCUGAUUUCGAGGUCAUUGAGCGUGUGGACAAGGUCACUGGUGAAAAUGCAGUUGUAAUGAGGAAUAAUAUUGCAGGGCUGAAAUGCCUCAAAGUUCACUUCCGAGACAAGUCAGCUGGCUCCUCCAAUGGGUGCAGUAACAACAUUGGAACAUGUGAACAGCUGUGCCUGCCCAGACCCAAUGGAGCCUACACUUGUGCUUGUACUAUAGGCUACCAUAUGAACCCAGAUAACAAGACCUGCUCAUCCUUUGACUCAUUUUUGAUUGUGUCCCAGCUGACCAUCAUCAGAGGAUUCAACCUGGAUGCGAGUGACCAUUCUGAAGCCAUGGUACCAGUGGGUGGCAUUGGUCGCUAUGCCCUGCACGUGGAUGUACAUAUAUCUUCAGGGUUUAUUUACUGGUGUGACUUCAGUACCACAGCUUCAAGGAAUGCUAUCCGGAGGAUUAAACCUGAUGGGUCUUCCUUCCAAAACAUCCUAGUCACAGGAAUUGGUCAGAAUGGUAUUCGAGGGAUUGCUGUGGACUGGGUGACAGGCAAUCUCUAUUUCACAAAUGCAUUCCUAACUGAAACUUAUAUUGAAGUUCUUCGUUUGAAUACCACUUUUCGCCGAGUUCUCAUCAAAACAACAUUAGAUCAGCCGAGACAUAUUGUUGUAAAUCCAAAGAUCCGACAUAUCUUUUGGGCUGACUAUGGGCAGAGUCCCAAAAUUGAGCGUGCUUUCCUCGAUGGCUCGAACAGAACUGUCUUGGUGGAUGAUGGUAUUGUCAUGCCACGAGGUCUAACCAUUGACCACACAAAUGAUUACAUCUACUGGAUUGAUGACUCCCUCGACCUUAUUGCUAGGAUCUCACCUGAUGGUGAUGAACAUCAGAUAAUUCGUUAUGGCAGCCGCUAUCCAACUCCAUUUGGAAUCACUGUCUUUGAAAAUAGUAUGAUUUGGGUGGACAGAAACAUGAAGAAGGUUCUACGUGCAAGUAAAGAACCUGGAAACGUAGAACAACCUUCUGUUAUCCGAGACAACUUGAACUUGUUAAGGGAUGUGGUAAUGUUUGAUAAAAAGAUUCAACCAACUUCACCCCAGCAAAUUAACAAUAACCCCUGUUUGGCACACAACGGAGAAUGUGUCCAAUUUUGUUUUGCAUUGCCUGGUUUGCAAGUGCCAAAAUGUGGAUGUGCCUACGGCAGGUUGGAUGAAGGCAAAAAGUGCAUGAUCGUCAAGAAUGAUUAUUUGAUAUAUGCAACAGAACGUUCCAUUCGCAGUCUUCACCUGGAUCCUGCUGACCACACACUACCCUUCACAAUAGUAAAUGUAUGGUGGACUGCAGUGGCACUUGACUAUGACAGCAGUGACAACAGAAUUUAUUUCACACAAAGCUUUGGCCAAGGACGCAGCACAAUCAGCUACAUCAGUCUUGAUGACAUUUCUGCUUCUCCUUCACAGGUGGUAACAGGCUUGGGUGCUCCUGAUGGAAUUGCCUAUGACUGGAUUAACAAGAGGAUUUAUUAUAGUGAUUAUUUGAAUCAAACAAUCAGCUCCAUAAAAGUGGAUGGCAGUGAUCGUACAAUCAUUGCAAAUGUUCCCAGGCCAAGAGCUAUCGUACUGGAUCCUUGCAGAGGAUAUAUGUAUUGGACUGAUUGGGGAACCAAUCCUAAGAUAGAACGAGCAACACUAGGAGGAAGCUUUCGUUUACCUAUUAUAAAUAACAGUUUAGUGUGGCCAAAUGGACUGACAAUGGAUUAUGAAGAUCAGAAACUCUACUGGGCUGAUGGCUCUCUGAGGAAGAUUGAACGCAGUAGCCUUACAGGUACAGACCGUGAGGUGAUUGUUAGCACUGCAAUUUACCCAUUUGCACUGACCAUCUAUGAUGAGUAUCUCUACUGGACUGACUGGAACACUAGAAGUAUCUAUCGGGUCAAUAAGCAUGAUGGGUCAGGCCAGACUGUGAUGAUACAAAACUUACCACAUCGUCCAAUGGAUAUCCACGUUAUGUCUGAGAAGAAGCAGCAACAAUGCAAUAAUCCAUGUGAUCAAUUUAAUGGAGGCUGCAGUCACAUUUGCACUCCAGGACCGCAUGGUGCAGAAUGCCAGUGCCCUGCUCACGGAGACUGGCGCCUGGUUAAUAACAAUCAAGAUUGUGUUUCAUCUGAUACUGCCACAUGUGGCACUGGCUACUUUACUUGUUUGAACAGCCGUUGUAUCCCAGAGAGGUGGAAAUGUGACACUGACAAUGAUUGUGGAGAUCAGAGUGAUGAAACAGAGAGAGUAUGCGCUUUUCAUACCUGUCCGCCAACUGCUUUCACAUGUGGAAAUGGCCGAUGCACACCAUAUAGAUAUCGCUGCGACCAUUACAAUGACUGUGGAGACAACAGUGAUGAGGUCGGCUGCUUGUUCCCUACUUGUGAUCCCAAUUCAGAAUUCUCCUGUAAUAAUGGAAGAUGCAUUAGCAGUAGCUAUGUCUGCAAUGGGGUGAACGACUGCCAUGAUAAUGGAACUUCAGAUGAAAGGAACUGCCCUGAUCGGACCUGCCAGCCUGGCUAUGCAAAAUGUCAAACAACCUACAUCUGUAUCCCUCGCACUUACCUGUGUGAUGGAGAUAAUGAUUGUGGUGAUAUGAGUGAUGAGAGCGCCACCCACUGUGCCACUGGAACUUGUGCAGAGAAUGAGUUUCGCUGCUCAUCUGGGCGCUGUAUCCCAGCACACUGGUACUGUGAUCGUGGAAUAGAUUGUGCUGAUGGGUCUGAUGAACCAUCUACUUGUACUCACAUGGAGCGCACUUGUUCAAGUCAACAGUUCAGGUGCGAUAAUAGCAGAUGUAUCCCCUCAGUCUGGAUCUGUGAUGGUGACAAUGACUGCGGAGACAUGAGUGAUGAAGAUCAAAGACAUAGCUGUGUAAACCACAGCUGCACAGUUACAGAAUUUACAUGUGUAAACAGCCUUCCUCCACAGAGAAGGUGCAUCCCUAGGACAUGGGUUUGUGAUGGAGAUUCUGACUGUUUCGAUGCUUUAGAUGAACACCAGAAUUGUACUCGGAGAUCCUGCACCCUAACAGAAUUCACAUGUGACAAUGGUCUCUGUGUUAGGAGUUCAUACAGAUGCGACCGACGCAAUGACUGUGGCGAUGGUACUGAUGAACGAGGAUGUAGUUACCAACCUUGUGCCCAGCACCAGUAUACAUGUCAGAAUGGCCACUGCAUUUCACAGUUAUGGGUCUGUGAUGGUGAUAAUGAUUGUGGAGAUAGAUCUGAUGAGAUGGAACACCUGUGUGUCACCUCUGAGCCAACGUGCCCUCCACAUCAUUUCAAAUGUGACAAUGGAGGUUGUAUUGAAAGUGGCAAGGUGUGCAAUGAAGUGGAUGAUUGCUCUGAUAAUAGUGAUGAGAAAACAUGUGGCGUUGACGAAUGUAGUGAUCCUGCACUGAAUCACUGUACACACACCUGCACCAAUACAUUGACCAGUUUCUUCUGCUCUUGUAACCCUGGCUACCGCCUCAUGGAUGAUGGACAGACUUGUGAAGACCUUGAUGAAUGCAAUGUAACACCAAGUGUUUGCAGCCAGAUUUGUGAAAACACAGAGGGUUCCUAUAUUUGCAAAUGUGCCCCAGGACAUCUUCGGGAACCUGAUGGGAAAAGUUGUCGCCAAAACAGCAAUAUUGCUCCUUAUCUCCUCUUCAGUAAUCGUUACUAUAUACGUAAUCUCUCAGUUGAUGGGGAAUUUUACACUCUUGUGCAACAAGGACUCAUCAAUGUGGUGGCAUUGGACUUCGACAGAGUUGAGCAAAGGUUGUACUGGUUUGACUUAGGCCGAAGAAUUAUUGAGCGAAUGUUCCUGAAUGGAACCAAAAAGGAGACUGUUAUUAACCAUGAUCUGUUUGGUACAGAAGGCCUGGCUGUUGACUGGGUUGGAAGGAAACUGUACUGGGUUGAUUCUUUUAAAGAUUGCCUUAAUGUUGCUGAACUUGAUGGGAGAUUCCGUAAAAUGCUGGCUGAUCACUGUAUGGAUACAAGCAAUACCUAUUGUUUCGAGAGGCCACGAGGUAUUGCUGUUUAUCCUAAAUAUGGAUACGUUUUCUGGACUGAUUGGGGUUCUCAAGCAUACAUUGGCCGCAUUGGCAUGGAUGGUAAAAACAAAUCAGCCAUUAUUACCACAAAAUUGGAAUGGCCCAAUGGAUUGACCCUUGACUACACAAAUGAUAAACUCUAUUGGACUGAUGCUCACCUGAAUUAUAUUGAAUUUUCCAACCUGGAUGGGAACCAUCGGCAUACAGUAUUUGAUGGACCCCUAGGCCACCCAUUUGCCAUUAGCCUUUUUGAGGAUACAAUAUAUUGGACUGAUUGGAACACAAAAUCAGUGGAGAAAGCAAAUAAAUACACUGGGGAAGGCAGGGUGUUGUUGGUGAAUACCACCCACAGGCCCUUUGACAUCCAUGUAUACCAUCCAUACAGACAGCCAAUUGCAAACAAUCCCUGUGAUACAAAUAAUGGUGGCUGCUCCCAUCUGUGCCUGAUAGCAGAAGGUGGUCAAGGCUACACAUGUGAAUGCCCAGAUAACUUCAUGAAGCAGUCUGGCAGCAUCACUCAUUGUAUCCCCAUGUGCACAAGUACACAGUACAGGUGUCUAGACAAUGAAAGAUGUAUUCCAAUCUGGUGGAAAUGUGAUGAGCAAAGAGAUUGCAGGGAUGGAUCAGAUGAACCUACCACCUGCCCAAUCCGCUACUGUAGAAUUGGACAGUAUCAGUGCAAUGAUGGUAACUGCACCACCUCCAGCUUCUUGUGUAAUGGUUAUCAGGAUUGUGCAGAUGGAUCUGAUGAGGACAUUGUGCUUUGCAGUAAACAUCAGUGUGAGAGCUACCAGUGGCAAUGUACCAACAAACGCUGUAUUCCUGAAGCCUGGCAAUGCGAUGGGGAUAACGACUGCACAGAUAAUUCUGAUGAAGAUCCUGCUCACUGUGCUUCUAGAACCUGUCAACCAGGCCAGUUUAAAUGUAAUAAUGGCCACUGCAUCCCACAAUCCUGGAAAUGUGAUGUAGAUAAUGAUUGUGGAGAUUACUCUGAUGAGCCCUUUGAUGAAUGCCAUGGGAUUGACCACUCCUGCAAUAAUCACACUGAGUUUUCCUGUCAAACAAACUACAACUGUAUUCCUAAGUGGGCUGUGUGCGAUGGCCAUGAUGACUGCCGGGACAACAGUGAUGAGCAGCAUUGUGAGGAUCUUACUUGCAAUCCAGUGGGUGACUUCCGAUGUGACAAUCAUCGGUGUAUCCCACUCCGUUGGAAGUGUGAUAGAGAAAAUGACUGUGGAGACGAUUCUGAUGAGCGUGACUGCAGCCCUCGUGAGUGCAGCGAAAGUGAAUUCCGCUGUGACAAUCUCCGGUGUAUUCCUGGACGCUGGGUGUGUGACCAUGAUAAUGACUGUGAAGAUAACUCAGAUGAACGAGACUGUGAGCUGCUAACAUGCCUGCCUGGUUAUUUUGAGUGUUCUAGUGGCCACUGCGUCUCAGAAAGGUUCAGGUGUGAUGGGAAUGCUGACUGUGCAGAUUACUCAGAUGAAAGCUCCUGCCCAACUCGUUACCCCAAUGGAACAUAUUGCCCACCCUUUCUAUUUGAGUGCAAGAAUCAUGUCUGUAUCCAGCCUCACUGGAAGUGUGAUGGAGACAAUGACUGUGGGGAUGGAUCUGACGAAGAGCUCCACCACUGCUUGGACAUCCCAUGUGACUCUCCUUUCCGCUUCCGUUGUGACAAUAAUCGCUGUGUGUACGUACGUGAGUUAUGCAAUCAUGUAAAUGACUGUGGAGAUAGAAGUGAUGAAAAGGAAGAACACUGUAAACCACCUACGCCUCAUCCUUGCACAACCGAGGAAUACAAAUGUGGGAAUGGAAACUGCAUUCCUGUCCAACAUGUGUGUGAUAAUUAUGCUCACUGUGCUGACCAAUCUGAUGAAUUAGGAUGCAACCAUGGUACAGAACGAUCUUGCACAGAAAACCUCUGUGAACACAAUUGUACAGAUCUGAACGAUGGAGGUUUCAUCUGCUUUUGUAGGCCUGGGUACAAAGUAAGGGAGGAUGAUGUGAUCGCAUGUGAUGAUGUCAAUGAGUGUGAGGCCUUUGGCACCUGUCCCCACAUUUGCAAAAAUACCAAAGGAAGCUACGAGUGUUUCUGUGCAGAGGGAUUUCGAUCUGUUGUGGAAGAACAUGGCACUCGGUGUAUGGCAACUGGAAAUCCUCCUAUCUUGCUUUUGCCUGAUAGUGUACGAAUUCGGCGAUUCAGCAUGUCAUCUGAGCAAUAUACAGAUUAUAUUCAGAAUGAGGAGGACAUCAAAGCCAUUGAUUAUAUCUGGGAUUCAGAAGAUCCGGAUCUCAGUGUUGUGUACUGGACUGUUCUGGGACGUGGCUCAGAGUUUGGUGCUAUAAAACGAGCCUUCCUCACUACGUUUGACGACAACGGAAACAAUCCAACUGCAGCAGUGAACUUAAACCUGAAAUAUGUAGUGACUCCGAAUGGCAUUGCUAUGGACUGGGUUGGAAAGCAUAUUUAUUGGACUGAUGCCAGCACAAACAGAAUUGAGGUGGCAAAACUAGAUGGAAGGUAUAGGAAAUGGCUGAUUUCCUCUCAGCUCGACCAGCCAGCUGCUAUUUCUGUAAAUCCUAAACUUGGGCUGUUCUACUGGACAGACUGGGGCAGAUAUCCCAAGAUAGAGUGUGCCUGGAUGGAUGGACAGCACCGGCAUGCGCUGGUUAACAGUGACCUGGGCUGGCCAACAGGCCUUACUAUAGAUUAUGUUAAUGGUGACAGAAUCUACUGGAGUGACUCCAAGGAAAACCUCAUAGAGUCUAUGAAGUUUGAUGGCAGUGAGAGAAUGCUGGUUAUUAAUGGAGACCUAGGCAACCCAUACAGCCUGGAUGUUUUUGAAAGCCACCUGUACUGGACAUCGAAGGAGAAUGGUGAAGUAUGGAAACAAGAUAAAUUUGGAAAUGGUCAUAAGAUUAAAAUUAUGACUGUAAACCCAUGGCUAACUCAAGCUCGAAUUUAUCAGGAGCAUCGUUACAAUCACUCAGUGCCUAAUCCUUGUAAGGGUGUCUGCAGUCAUCUGUGUUUGCUGAGACCGGGAGGAUAUACCUGUGCUUGUCCUCAAGGCAGUCGAUUUCGAGAUGGCAGUCUUACUGAGUGUGAUGCAGCCAUUGAACUGGAGCAGCCAAUGCCUCCUGCCUGCAAGUGUAGGAAUGGAGGAAUUUGUUAUUUCACAGCAAACACUACAAAGUGCACAUGUCCUUAUGGUUAUACAGGAAGCUACUGUCAGUUUGGAAGAUCCCAAGCACUACCCCAUUCAACAGCAACAGCAGUCUUACUGACCAUUAUUAUCAUCCUAAUUCUGGGAGCACUAGCUGUGGGAGCAUUUCUGAAUUACAGGCGGACAGGCUCAAUCCUGCCACCUUUUCCUAAGCUUUCGAGUUUAAGCAGUCUUAUCAAACCAAAUGGAAAUGGAGUGACAUUUAGAUCUGGAGUAGAUACUGGAGUAGAUGGUGGAGCUUCUGCCAUAGACAUAGAUUCUGCUAUUGAUGGAGCGAUGCAGAUGAAUGAAAACUUUGUAGUGGAAGCAGGAAAACAACCAGUUACUUUUGAAAAUCCCAUGUUUGGAACGAAGGGGAAUGUUUCCAAUGACCCUCCUGCAGUCCAACAAUCAGCGGAUAUGGUGGCAGUUGGUGGUGAAACAAAUGGAAGCAGUUUCAACAAUCCCAUCUAUACAUCCAUGCCCCCUUUCUUAGACAAACCUAUUUCAACUGGAUCACAAGCUCCGGAAUCAAAGUGGAAUUUUUUCAGACGAAAACCCAAGCAAGGGACAAAUUUUGAAAAUCCUGUAUAUGCAGAGUGCCAGAAACAGCAACAGGCAAAUAAUCCACUUGGAGAAACUGCUGCUACUUCUAAUACUUUUGGAUUACCCCCAAGUGAGCCAUGUUCAAAAAAAGAUGAACCUUCGACCUACAGUCCUACAGAGAAUACUUACAAAGAUACAGCUACUCUUGUCAAAGAGGAUUCAAAUGCAUAA